AUGUCCGAAAUAUCAAGAGAAGAGCUGGAUACGAUUUAUGCAUUCGCCGUCGACCUAGGGAAGCGGGCGGGACAGAUGCUUAAGGAUGCUGCACAGUUGAGAAUGGAUGGAGGCGGCGGAACCAAAGCUCAGGAUGAGCAUAUACAGAAGGCGAACGCAGUAGACUUGGUCACCGAAACGGAUGAAAACGUCGAAACUUUUAUCAAAGAUGAAAUCACACAAAAUUACCCUUCACAUAAGUUCGUGGGCGAGGAGUCGUACUCAAAAGGCGCCAGCCGGGAUUAUCUCAUUGAUGAGAGCCCUACGUGGUGUGUCGACCCGCUGGACGGCACUAUCAACUACAUCCACCUUUUCCCGAUGUUUUGUGUCUCGAUCGCCUUCAUUCACAAGAACAAGCCUCUUGUCGGAGUAAUCUAUGCGCCGUUCAUCAACCAGUUUUUCUCCUCGUGCGCUGGUCGCGGAGCUUUUCUGAACGAAACACAGCAGCUCCCACUGAUUCGCAAUCCAAUUGCUUCCAUGCCCGAGAAUGCCCCAGCAGGCUGUGUGUUCUCCUGCGAGUGGGGCAAGGAUAGAAAAGAUAUUCCGGGUGGCAACAUGCAUCGCAAGAUCGAGAGUUUUGUCAACAUGGCAGCAGAGCUUGGUGGCAGGUCAGGGAGAGGUGGCAUGGUACAUGGAGUGCGAAGUUUGGGAAGUGCAACACUAGAUUUGGCGUAUGUCGCGAUGGGAUCAUUUGAUAUUUGGUGGGAAGGUGGAUGUUGGGAGUGGGACGUUGCGGCAGGCAUCGCGAUCUUGCUCGAAGCAGGAGGAUUAAUGACGACUGCGAAUCCACCUCCAGACGAAGCAACAUGCCCAAUACCGGAUGUCAAGCUGGGUAGCCGGCUGUACCUCGCCAUCCGACUGGACGCCAAAGCCAAGAGAGAACUGUUCGAGAAGUAUGGCGCCGAGUUCGAAACUUAG